CAGAGUGCUACAGGUAAAACAGAUUGCUAAUACCCAGUGUUGCUGGUGGGCUAGAGUGUUCAUGUAGCUUUCUGCAGGCCAGUCUGAGAAUAUUUAUUAGGAUUUUAAAAGUGCAUUCAUUGACCAGCACUUCACUUCUGAAUUUAAUGCAAGGAAAUAGUUGGGUAAAUGGGCAAAACUAUUUUGUACAAAAAUAUUCAUUGUGUUCAUAAUAGCAAAAAAUUGGAAAUCAUCCAAAUGUUAUUUGUGUUAUAACUCCAUACACUGGAAAAGUGAGCAGCCAUGAAGAUGGUGUAGAUUUGUUUCACCAGCAUGGAAAGGUGCCUGUUACAUAUUUAAGUGUGAAGAUGAGGUUGUAAAAUGUAUGCCUGGUAUGCUAUGAUUUCAUAAGACACGUGGAACUAUAUCUUCUUAUAUGCCGAUCGAUGAAGAUGGUAUCAGUGUAUAUACCAAAGAGAUUAAAAGUGGUUCUUUAUCUGAGUGAUGAUUUUGUCUUCAUUGUGUUUAGAAUACUAAGUUUCAGCAGUGGAAUGCCUACUCUUCUUAUAACCAGAGUGGAAACGGAAGCAUGUUGUGAGAGGGCCGGAGGGAAGGUGAGAACGGGCGUUGGGAGGCCCUUCCGUGGCUCCAGGCCUAGGGCUGCGGAACCCACAACAGAACCCGCAACCGCAACCAGGAACCCGAGUGCCUGCCUAGCUGGGGGCCGGAGGGAGGGCGGGGAGGGUAGCGCCACGGACCCCAGCGGACCGGAAGGGCUUGUGGCACGCGGAAUCCCCCUCAGAGGGCCUCGAGCUGCCUUCCCUGUGGCAUCAUGAAGUUUCGCGCCAAGAUCACCGGCAAAGGCUGUCUAGAGCUGUUCAUUCACGUCAGCGGCACCGUCGCGAGGCUAGCGAAGGUCUGCGUGCUCCGCGUGUGUCCUGACAGCCUGUGCUUCGGCCCCGCGGGUUCCGGCGGCCUCCGCGAGGCCAGGCUGUGGUGCGAGGUGCGGCAGGGGGCCUUCCAGCAGUUUCGCAUGGAAGGUGUCUCGGAAGAUCUCAAUGAGCUCCACCUGGAGCUGACGGCGGAGCACCUGUCCCGGGCGGCGAGAAGCGCAGCGGGCGCGUCCUCCCUGAAGCUGCAGCUGACCCACAAGCGCCGCCCCUGCCUCACGGUGGCGGUGGAGCUGGUGUCGUCCCUGGGCCGCGCUCGCAGCGUGGUGCACGAUCUGCCCGUGCGGGUGCUUCCCAGAGGAGUGUGGCGGGACUGCCUGCCGCCCAGCCUGCGCGCCGCCGACGCGAGCAUCUGCCUGCCGCGCUGGAGGACGCUGAGGAGCAUCGUGGAGAGGAUGGCGAACGUGGGCGAUCACGUGCUGGUGGAAGCAAACCUCAGUGGCAGGAUGACCCUGAGUAUAGAGACGGAGGUGGUGUCCAUUCACAGUUAUUUUAAAAAUCUUGGAAACCCUCCCAAGUCGGCCGUGGGUGUGCCUCAACACAGAGACCUGGAGAGCAUGGUGCAAGUGCGGGUGGAUAAUCGGAAGCUUCUGCAGUUUUUGGAGGGACAGCAAAUACAUCCUACGACGGCCGUGUGCAAUAUUUGGGACAAUGCUCUUCUUCAGCUUGUUUUGGUUCAAGAAGAUGUCUCUCUUCAGUAUUUCAUUCCUGCCUUGUAAAAAUUCAGCCAGCUUAGGUUUUUUUUUUUUUUUAAGCUUAUGAUCUUUUCAAAACUAAAACAGACCUUGAGUUAAUUGGGUUGAAAAUUUGGACCUUCACUGACUUACGCAGGGCGUAUAUUUUGUUGAGCCCUUCCUCCUUUGCAAAAUUUAUAUUAAAGCAUUGGUAAAACAGUUGGGUAGUUCAUAUUUUGUUUAUUGGGUUUGUCAGGUUUUUUUCCUGCUUAAGAUUCUAUCAAAGUUAUUCUUCAACUCUUUUUUUGGGGGGGG